AUGGAGGCCGAAGGUCAUGCCUCGCAGCCGGCACCCGCCAUCGCCACGGCGGCGGUGAGCGAGCGUGACAUCCACAGCACCGGCACCGGUGCUGCCACCACCAAUGCUGCUACCACCAACGCUGCCACCUCGGAUGCUGGUGACGCCGACAACUCGUCCCCCGAAAGCAGCUCCAACCAGCCCUCGCCUGCCAUGCCUCCCAUCCAGCGCACCAAGAGCGGUCGUGGCAGCGUUCCCUUUGCUUCGCUCGACCCGGAAGGAACCGCCGAACUCACCCGUCGCCUCACCGAGCACUCGCUCCGCGCCCGCACCCGCACCACCGACGGCGGAGAGGCCGCGCUCGGCUUCGACCCCUUUGACAAGAACGGCAACUUUGAGCUCGAGCGCUUCCUCCGCCACGUCAUGGACCAGGCACAGGGCGCCAACCUCGAGAGCCGCCAGAUGGGUCUCGUUUGGCAGAACCUCACCGUCACCGGCCUCGGCACCGGCUACGCCAUUGGCGAUACCAUCGGCUCCCUCCCGCUCAAGCCCUUCGAGGCCAUCAAGAACUUCAGGUCCAUCCUCCGCCCGCCCGUCAAGACCAUCAUCGACAACUUUGAGGGCUGCGUCAAGCCCGGAGAGAUGCUCCUCGUCCUCGGUCGCCCCGGCGCAGGAUGCACCUCCUUCCUCAAGAGCAUCGCUUCCUACCGAGACGGAUUCAGGUCCAUCGACGGCACCCUCCUCUACCAGGGCAUGGAUCACACCGUCAUCGACAAACGCCUGCGUGGUGACGUGGUCUACUGUCCCGAAGACGACGUGCACUUCCCCACGCUCACCGUCUGGCAGACGCUCGCCUUCGCCGUCGCCACACGUGCACCCCAGGCACGUCGUCGACUCGACCUGAUCGAAAGCCAGGACACCAACACGCGCGACGGCUACGUCAAGACCGUCGUCGAGGUGCUCGCCACCAUCCUCGGCCUCAGGCACACCUACAACACCAAGGUCGGAAACGAUUUCAUCCGCGGCGUCUCGGGCGGCGAGCGCAAGAGGGUCAGCGUCGCAGAGACCUUUGCCGCGCGCGCAAAGAUCGCGCUCUUCGACAACUCGUCGCGCGGCCUCGACUCGAGCACCGCGCUCGAGUUCGUCAAGUCGCUCCGCAUCUCGACCGACAUUUCCAACACCACCACCAUCGCAUCCAUCUACCAGGCCGGCGAGGGCCUCACCCAGCUCUUCGACAAGGUGCUCGUCAUCAACGAAGGCAGGCAGGUCUACUUUGGCCCCACCUCCGAAGCCGCCGACUACUUUACGGAGAUGGGUUAUGUGCCCCACGACCGUCAGACCACCGCCGACUACCUCGUCGCCUGUACCGACGUGCUCGGCCGCAAGACCCGCGAGGGCUUUGAGGAUCGUGCACCUCGAACCGCCGACGAGAUGGCGCGCUACUGGCAGAACUCGCCGCAGGGCAAGAAGAACCACGACGAGGUCGAGGCGUACCUCAAGGAGCUGCGCGAGAGUGUCGACGACGACGCCAUCAAGCACUACAAGCAGGUGGCGCGCGAGGAAAAGGCAAAGCACUCGCGCAAGGGCAGCGCGUACAUCAUCUCGCUCCCCAUGCAGAUCCGGCUGGCCAUCAAGAGGCGUGCGCAGAUCAUCUGGGGCGAUCUCGCCACGCAGCUCGUCAUCACGCUCGCCAGCAUCUUCCAGGCGCUCAUCACCGGCUCGGUCUUCUACCAGAUGCCCAAGAACACCUCGGGCUUCUUCUCGCGCGGCGGCGUGCUCUUCUUUGCGCUCCUCUACAACUCGUUCACCGCACUCUCCGAGAUCACCGCCGGCUAUGCGCAGCGCCCCAUCGUGAUUCGGCAGAGAAGGUUCGCCAUGGUGCAUCCCUUCUCGGACGCCAUCGCCAACACGCUGCUCGACAUCCCCAUCCGCACGUUUACGCUCAUCUUUUUCGACAUCCUCAUCUACUUUAUGACCGGACUCGCCUACACCGCCGACCAGUUCUUUGUCUUCUUUGGCGUCACCGCACUCAUCAGCUUCACCAUGGUCGCCUUCUUCCGCUGCCUCGCCGCUGCGACCAAGUCCGAGUCGCUCGCCACCAUGAUCGGCGGUCUGGCCGUCAUCGACCUCGCGCUCUACGCCGGGUACGUCAUCCCGCGUCCGUCGAUGGUCGUGUGGUGGAAGUGGCUCAGCUACUGCAACCCCGUAGCAUUUGCGUUCGAGAUCCUGCUCACCAACGAGUUCCGCCGCCUCAACGUGCCGUGUGGCAACUACGUCCCCUACGGUCCGGCAUACGCCAACGUCGCCUCCGCCAACAAGGUAUGCCCUGUCGCCUCGGCGCGCCCGGGACAGGAGACGAUCAACGGCUCCGAGUACCUGGCCGCGUCGUUCCAGUACUACUACUCGAACUCGGCCCGCAACGCCGGCAUCGUGAUUGCCUUCUGGAUCUUCUUCCUGAUGGUCUACUUUGUCGCGUCCGAGUUCCAGAGCGACCCGACCGCCUCGGGCGGCGUGAUGGUGUUCAAGCGCGGCUCGGCACCCAAGCAGGUCGUGCAGGCUGCCAAGGCGUCGGGCGAUGUCGAGGCGGGUGACGUGGCUGGCGUCUCGCCCGACCCGGUCGCCGACGACGCCAACGCAGACCACCAGGACUCGAACGACGCAGUGGCCAAGCUCGAGUCGUCCACCUCGGUCUUCGCCUGGAAGAACGUCAACUACGACGUCAUGAUCAAGGGCAAUCCGCGCCGUCUGCUCAACAAUGUCUCGGGCUUCGUGGCGCCGGGCAAGAUGACGGCGCUCAUGGGCGAGUCGGGUGCGGGCAAGACCACGCUGCUCAACGUGCUGGCACAGCGCACCGACACGGGUGUGGUCAAGGGCAUCUUUAGCGUCAACGGCGCACCGCUGCCCAAGUCGUUCCAGUCGUCCACGGGAUACUGCCAGCAGCAGGACGUGCAUCUGGCGACGCAGACGGUGCGCGAGGCGCUGCAGUUCUCGGCGCUGCUGCGACAGCCGCGCGAGACGCCGCGCGAGGACAAGCUCGCCUACGUCGAAAACGUGAUCAAGAUGCUCGAGAUGGAGUCGUGGGCCGAGGCGCUCGUCGGCGAAGUCGGCAUGGGCCUCAACGUCGAGCAGCGCAAGCGCCUCACCAUCGGCGUCGAACUGGCUGCCAAGCCCAAGCUGCUUCUCUUCCUGGACGAACCCACGUCGGGUCUGGAUGCCAUGGCCGCAUGGAGCAUCGUGCGCUUCCUGCGCAAGCUCGCCGACGCGGGACAGGCGAUCCUGUGCACGAUCCACCAGCCCUCGGGCGAGCUGUUCAACCAAUUCGACCGUCUGCUCCUGCUCCAGAAGGGCGGCAAGACGACCUACUUUGGCGACAUUGGCCACAACUCGCAGAAGCUCAUCGACUACUUUGGCAAGCGUUCGGGCAAGACGUGCGGCGAGGACGACAAUCCUGCCGAGUACAUCCUCGACGUCAUCGGUGCAGGCGCAACCGCCUCGACGGACAAGGACUGGCACCAGCUCUUCCUCGACUCGGAACUGUACUCGGACAUGGUGCAGGGCCUGGAGCAGAUCGACGCGUCCGGUGCCGAUCACACCGUCACCGCCGAGGAGGAGAUAAUGGGCCGACGCGAGUACGCCGAGCCGCUGUCGGUGCAGGUGCGCCUGGUGCUCAAGCGCGCUUUCACGCACUACUGGCGCGACACGACGUACAUCAUCUCGAAGCUCGCGCUCAACAUCAUCGCUGGUCUCUUCAUCGGCUCGUCGUUCUACGGCCAGGGAUCCAAGGAGACGAGUGCGUCGCUGCAGAACAAGAUCUUUGCCGUCUUCAUGGCGCUUGUGCUUUCGACGUCGCUGUCGCAGCAGCUGCAGCCGGUGUUCAUCCAGUUCCGUGCGCUGUACGAGGUGCGCGAGCGGCCGUCCAAGAUGUACAGCUGGUGGGUGGCGGUGUGGUCGGCGCUGCUGGUCGAGAUGCCGUGGAACCUGCUGGGCGGUACGCUCUUCUGGAUCUGCUGGUACUUUUUCUUGGACUUCCCGCACGAAUCCAAGACGGCCGCGACGGUGUGGGGAUUCUACAUGCUCUUCCAGAUCUACUUCCAGACGUUUGCGGCGGCGAUCGCGGCCAUGUCGCCCAACCCGAUGAUCGCCUCGAUCCUCUUUUCGACCUUCUUCUCGUUUGUCAUUGUCUUCUGCGGCGUGGUGCAGCCUCCUCCGCAGCUGCCGUACUUCUGGCGAAGCUGGCUCUUCUACCUGAGCCCUUUUACGUGGCUCGUGGAGGGCAUGCUUGGAUCGGUGCUCACGGGGCGUCCCGUUCGAUGUGCGCCCAACGAGCUCAACGCCAUCACGCCACCGUCGGGCCAGACGUGUGCACAGUACCUCGCCAACUUUGUCACCACGCUCGACGGACCCAACCUCGGCACGGGCUACUAUCAGGACGGACCCAACGGCACGUGCGAGUACUGCCAGUUCCGCGUGGGCGACGACUACCUGCGCACCAUCGACAUGAACGCCGCCAACCGCUUCCGCGACCUCGGCUUCAUCUGCGCGUACAUCCUGUUCAACAUUGCGCUCUGCUUUGCCCUCUUCUACUUUUUCCGCAUCUUCAAGCUCUCGGACUGGAAGAAGGCCGACAACAACAAGGUCGUGGCCAAGGCCGACGAGGGCACGGACAAGGCCGACGAGAAAGUCACCGAGACCUCGGCGGCUGCCAAGGGCGCGGGCAACGACGCUGCCGCCCAGCCUCUGCCGGCCACCAACGUUCUCCCAGCCGCCGGCGUGCAAGGCCCGCAGACCAAGGUCUAG